AUGGUGUAUGACCAGCCAGUCCUUGAGGACGAUAACGCCACCUUGAAGCAGCUCCACGAAUCACUGCAGGAAUUGUACCGCCGCUUGCAAGAAGAGCGCGAUGCUCUAAAGCGGCGCUUGCGACAUGACCAGGCAGAGAUGGAUGAGCUGGUUCGGCGCACGCAAAGUGAGCUCGCACGCCUCAGGGAGCAGCUCCGGGCCAAGUGCAGAGAGUGCGAGGAGUUGCAGCAUCACGCCUUGUCCCCGCAGGAAAUCACUAGGUGGCGUCGUCGCCUCGAGGAGGAGCUACGGGAGGCUGAACUGGAACCCAUCCGCCGGCAGCUGGAAGGCCAAAUUGCUGAAGCACAAGGCCAAGCCAGAAACAUGGAGCGCGUCUUAGAGCAGGAGCGCGGCAGAGCCCGCGUCGUGGAGGUCGAACUCAAGGAUAAACUUGAUGUGGAGACAACAGCCAGUCGCAGCAAGGAUCAGAUCUUGGAGAGGUCCAAGGCCACCAUGGAGGCUGAACGACGCAAGGCAGAGGACCUGCAAGUGGAGGUCUCACGGUUGGAACAACAGUUGGAAGAUCAGGAAACCCGCAUGCGGGGCUUGCGCGAGCAGCUCCAGGCGAGGGAACUGCAAAGUCAACAAGAACAGCUGGUGUGGAAGCAGGAGUUGGAUCGGAAGGUUAGUGAUGAGCAAGCCACACGGCGCGAGAAUCAACAGCUCCAAGAAUUGCGCCAUGAGGAGAGCCUGCGCGCGGAGAAGCAGCUUCAAGAGAAUGAGGCACGGCUGGUGCAAGAAUACUCCCAAAAGCUUAGCAGCUACGAAUCUCAGUGCAAAAACUUGAAAGAUGAAGUGUUGAACAUGAGCUCAAGGCAGGAUCAGGAACGGAGAGAUUGGAGGAAGCAGCUCGAUGAGGAACGCGGCCGAGCCUGCGAACUGAAGGACGACUCGUGUUGGGCAUACAAUUUUGACGACAUUCGGUCAAUGACCCAGGCCAAUCGCAGCAAGGAUCAGAUCUUGGAGACGUCCAAGGCCACCCUGGAGGACACCAAAGAUGAGCAGCUGCGAUCCUUAAUCGACCGUGUGGAACGGGUGGGAACUCAGUGGAGGAGAAUUUGGAAGGGCGACUCAAGUCCGUACAACAGCGAGUCAGGAAAGCUUCCUGUGACCCCUUCCCGUGGCCUCCAUCGCCUGGAGAAGUUGGAAGAUCAGCUGUCGCGAGUCUCGCAGAGGGUCCAGGGCCGGGGGGGCGGGCUGGGCCAGGGCUGUCCCGGCCAGGCCUUGGAGUCACAGUCGCUGACGCCCCACAUGAGUGCCCUGGUGGAGCGACUCAAAGAGAUUACUCCCAAGGGCUCAACCACCAAGCAGAUUUCCUUCAUGACCGUCGUGAUGAGGCACUUUGUUCGAGCUGCGUUGCAGGUUGCAGCGUUGAAGCAAAGGUCAGUGCAAGCGCCUGUACCACACGUGCUGCAGGUUGUGCCAUCCCAUAGCGGCGUCCAUCUUCCAGGCUCCGUGACGCCGCCGUCUGAUGGUGAGCGAGCGCUCGAUGCUUCUCUUUCCCAUCGCUUCGUCAUGAGAGCUGAAGGUGACAAGAGCAUCUUCUUUAUCUCAGAGGCGGUGGCGGAGCUCCUACGCCAGGAAGUGAAGUUGCCCACUCGCAUGGUGAUGUGUGGCGUUGCAGCCUUUCAGAGGACAGGGGCGCACCAUGAACGUGCUUGCCCUUGGCAAUUGGCUCAGGAAGGUGCCGCCCAGCUCAGUCAGGCGCUGAAACGACAGCUGACAUGCAGCAGAUCUUUCCUGCGGAAGUUGCUGGCUGAGAAGGAACUGACAAUCCCAGAGGUGCGCUCUGCGGCGGCGGAGGGAGAGGUGAACGGCCUGGAGGCCUUGCUGGAUGGCGAUGCCUUGAGACCCGGCUCCAUCGCCUUGACCCUGCGGAGCGGUCCUGACGAGGAAAAGGUGCCCUAUGCCGUGGUGGCCAAUGUCUCGGAGGGUGCCUUAGAGCUCCAGCUGCGGCCCCAGGAGGCGGCGAGUCUCUUGGAGGACCUUGCUGGGCAACCCACAGUGCAAGAGAUGUUGGCUGCCAAGGAGACGGACUCCAAGGAUGACGUCGAGGGAGAGGCCGACGUGGAAGACAACGACUGAGUCGUGCCGAGACAGUCGCGACAAA